AAUUAUUGAUGGUCAAACUUUCAUGGAUUAACUUCUAUCAAGUCAUCAAAUGAAAUAUAGGAGUUUAUGCUUUUAAAAACUCAAAAAUACAUUUAAAUAAUAAUUAUUUACAGUCAGCUUUAGAAGUUCAAAGUUUAAUGAUUGGAUAUGUUUUUAUGUUGUAUUUUUGUAAUUUUUUUAGGUGGUUUGUUGUAUUUUUUUUAAUCGUUUAUGAACUUAAUAAAAGAAAAAUCAAGUUAAUAUUUAUUUUUUCAAUUUUUUUUCCACUCAAAUCUCAUUUUUUCUGUUCAUUUAACUUAUUUAACACAACUUAUUUCUAUUAGAAGUUUUAAUAAAAUGUAGAUAAACCAAAAACAAACUGCAAAAAUGUGCAUUAAAUAAACACAUUUACAAUCUACAUGCAAAUAUAUGUUCCUGUUCACUAAUGUGCAUCCAGGUGAACCCAUAACAAGGAGCAUGCUGGGUAAUCAGCUCUGGAGGUGUGCUGUCAGGAGCCAAACCAACACAAACAAAUCCCCACAAAAGUUUUUGUGCGUCUUUGACAGAGCUGCCCCACGCUUUGGGCAGCAUUUGUAGUUUUUGGAGGCAGCGUGAGCAGCCCCGCCCCUCUUCCCGCGUCUAUAAAGGUGAGUGUUUGAAGGAGGAGCAACAGCUCUUCAGCUGCGUCUCUUUAGUUCAACACAAAAACUGUCAGACAGCAGCAUGCUGCCACCGAAUCUACUGAUUGUCAUCCUCCUGGCGACUACAGUCUCUACGGCUCCUGUCGAGGAGAAGGAGCGAGAAGAAGCUGAACUAGAAGCUACAGAGGAGGUGGAGGGCGAGCUGUCUGAGGAGGAAGAGGAUGAUGAUGACUCCCAGAGUCAGCAUAAGAUUAAGGCAGGUCAUCUCGGCACUCAGCAGACCAUCACGUCCAUAGCAGCAGCCGGAGGUUCAGUGUUGGCAGUUUCUGGUGGUCCAUCAGCAGGAAUGGGACCAAACGACGGAGCGGCAGGAAGUUCUGCAGGUCUUCAUGGUGCAGUCUUCUCUGUGGACUCAGCAGCAGCUGGAGGUCCGAGCGGUUCCUCAGGUUCUCCAAGUUCUGCAGGUUCCACUGGUCCUGUAGGUUCUGCAGGUUAUCCAGGUGCUGUAGAAUCUUCAGGUUCUGCAGGCUAUCCUGGUUCUGCUGGAUCUUCAGGUUCUGUAGAUUCAGUGGGAUCUGCAGAUUAUCUAGGAUCUGCAGGAUCUGGAGGUUAUCCUGGUUCUGCAGGAUCUCCAGGUUCUGUAGAUCCAGCAGGGUCCGCCGGUUCUGCAGGUUCUGUAGAUCCAGCAGGGUCUGCGGGAUCUGGAGGUUAUUCUGGUUCUGCAGGAUCUCCAAGUUCUUUAGAUCCAGCAGGAUCUGCAGCUUAUCCUGGUUCUGCAGGACAUCCAGGUUCUGUGGGACAUCCAGGUUCUGUAGAUUCUGCAGGAUCCGCCGGUUCUGCAGGUUCUGUAGAUCCAGCAGGAUCUGCAGUUUAUCCUGGUUCUGUAGGACAUCCAGGUUCUGCAGAUUCUGCAGCGUCUGGAGCUGCAGGAGCUCAUUUUUCUGCAGGUCAGACUCAUCUAGGCUCAGAUAGGGUUGACUCCAUGUCUAAUGGAAAUGGACAAAAGCUUCUGAAUGGAGGGGGUGGAGCAGGAGAAGGGGGUGGAGCCCACAGUCAGACAGGGGUCUUGGGAACAUUUGGAGGCGGAGUUUCACACCUGAGCCACACAGGUGGGUCUCCAACUGGAGAAAUGAACGCUGGAAUCAUUGAUCCAUCCAGCCACGACUACCUGCUAGGCCUUAUGGGUGGGGGUUUGAUCAAUCAUUUCAAUUCAGGUUCUCAUGUCAGCGUUACAGGUCACAAGACUCCACCUACUCACCUGGACUCCACAGUGAUCAGUUCAGGUGUAACAGGAGCUCCAUUUGGAGACAAAAGCAUUCUGGACUCACCUGCAGAUGUUGCUCAUCACUCUGCCAUCAGCGCUGACCCAUCAGGACCGGACUCUCUGAGUUCAGGUCCAGGUCUGUCCGUUGACCGACCGGGACCGGACGGCUCCUCACCGGGUUCUGGACCCGAUCAGACGUUGUCAAAUGACCGGGCAGGUCCAGAUGGUUUCUCUGUGGUUUCUGGGCUGGACCACUCCCUGCUGAGGCCCGCUUCUGGCUCCUCCCUCUCUGCAGCUGGUUCGUCGUCCUCACUGGAUAAUGGAGCUUUCAGAGAGCAAACAGAAGGAGCUGAGUCAGCAGAUAAUAACGGAAACGGACGACAGACUCUCCUGACAGACACGAACGGAGCGGUGACGGACAGAACGGCGCCCUCCAGUGACCUUGGAAGCCUCCAGACUGACCUCACAGGGGGCGCCGCAGAGUCAGUGACCCGCCUUCAUCCAGCAGGUCCGGCCUCAACGAUGGAACCGGCCCGUGAUGUCACAGAGUCGUCGUUCAGCGGUCUCCACACGGCAUCCGGGGUGGGAGUCACACACACGCUGAGUGGAGUUUCAGGUAUUUACUCCCACACAGACUUCAUCACAGUAACAGCAGACUUCAUAGGAAGGAGCACAGACCCAACAGGAACUCCGUUUGACUCCAGUCAUCCGGCGGUGACGGAUCACACGCAGAUGGCUGGUUCUUCUUGUCCUCUGCAGGUUCCGUCACUGAACAGUACAACCCGUCUGGUCAGGGUCCUGAGGGUGCAGAAAAUGUGGAGCUGGAGGAUACCUGCUGACUUCCACAUCACGCCACGAGUUCGAUUCUUACGUUUCCAAUUACAGUGUAAUGACCAAUCAACAUGGCCCAGGAGUUCUGACCCCUCCCACUAGCUAUAGACCCCACCCAUCCAAUGGCAAAGUCACUUUGCUCGUCUUUUUUUGGUUUUGUUUUUAAUAUUUAAAAAUGUUGUUUAUAGACAUUUUGUGUUAGAGAAUCACUGAGGGGCAGAAAAUCCAAACUCCAGCUGAACGUCGACCAUCCGGUGAUUCCACGCCGUCGUACAGGAUGUUAUGUCUGUGUCAUUGUAAAAGUUGGUUUUGAACUUCAACAAUAAAUACGGCUUUUGUUUUUUUCUCUUGA